GGUGUCCAACCAGGUUUCCUCUUAAUGAAAAUGGGGCUGUAGUGAGCUGCAGCCAUUUGCUCAAGGCCUCCGCAGGAGUGGGGGGCAGCGGGAUUCAGAGGAAAUAGUGAAUCAAAGGGACUCCGAAGAGGGCCCAUCUACAGUGACAGAAGAACUAGCAGCCCGAGAGUAAAUCCAACCCCUGCUAAUCCUGUUUGAUGUCUCUUGGAAUGAUGCAAGUCAUUGAGACUCUCCAGCCUCCCUGUAAUUUAAUUCUCCCACCACUCUGGAGUGUGUGUGAGAGAGUGAGUGAGGGGGGCAGCUAUGCUCAUUUCCCCUUUCUCGCUGUUUUCCAGCCAGUCGGUGUGUCUUUUGGAUUUGUUUCUGGUGCUGGGGUCAAGACCUGGGUUUUUUUUUCUUGGUCUAUUUAUAAUUUCCCAGUUGCUAUUUUGGGCUCUGCUUAAGGGAAGAGUCUGUCCACCCUAAAGAACGUUCCAGGGUGUGUUCCCGGGUACGUUUCCUCCUGGGCAGGUGUUGAAUUGAGUUCUUCAGAUCCCCAAGUAGCUCUCGGGCGGGAGGGAUAAAAGCUAUUUUAGGGUAGUCACUGAAGUGGAGCUGUUAAUCCUCUAUGGGUCUCUCUAGUUAAGAACACUUAGAGAUUAACGCUUUCCUUGCUGCAGGGGGGCUGCCUCUCCACGGUUUGGGGAGGGUUGGGACAAUUUAGUGUGGCAGCAGAAGGUGGGAACGUGCAACUCAGUACAAAGGCAAAGAUAAUAGCUGCCUUUUGUUGGGGACUUACAGCAAGCCAAGCCCUAUGUUGAGCCCUUUGCAUACCUGACUAAAAUAAUCCUCACAACAAGCCUGUGAGGUAAGUAUUUUUAGCUUUACAGAUGAGGAAACAGGCUAAUAAUGGAGAAAGAACGCAGUUUCUAUAGAGAUGAUGUAACACCAUAAAAACUAUAGUUUCGUCAGAGGGCAGCAGGCAUCAUGGCACACAGCAGGACAGACAGACUGGAGAGCAGUUUGUCUCCUUUCCGCUGCCAAAGAGGGCCUUCGGGAGUUUUUAGAAAGCACUUGUGUUUGGGGCGCGGAGCCUUAGUAACAGAAGGGACUCAGAGAGAGAGCUCCGGCCCGGGAUACGGGGAUACGUGGGAUACGGGGAUACGGCGCUGGAGGAAGGGAGCGCAAGGGCGACUGGCUCGAGGGGAUGUGCUGGCGGCUGAUGGCGAGGGAAAAGGGGAAGGCUGCGUUCUGGGGCGAUGUGAAGGGAAGGAAACUCACUCGGAGGCCUGAGAAGUAACAUUAAAGGGGGAAAAAAAAGAAGUGCUGCUCGGGCCCUGUGCGGAAAAGAGGCAGACACAGUGUAGACGGCACUGCAUGUGUGCGCACACUUUGUGUCAGACGCUGCGUCCUCUGUGAGACCAUUCUAGGUGAAGAGAUUGUUUUCUGAAGGCUGCUGCGUUGGAGGCUGUGACAGAGCAGAGAGCCCGUGUGGAGCUGAUGGGGAGGCUUUCUGAAUAACAUGGCCCUUCGCCAUUAGUCUUGCCAUGACCACAUUUUUCACCAGCGUCCCCCCCUGGAUUCAAGAUGCAAAGCAGGAGGAGGAAGUGGGCUGGAAACUAGUUCCCAGGCCUCGGGGCCGGGAGGCGGAGAGUCAAGUGAAGUGCCAAUGCGAAAUCUCGGGGACGCCCUUCUCAAAUGGGGAGAAGCUGAGGCCUCACAGCCUCCCCCAUCCAGAGCAGAGACCGUAUAGCUGCCCUCAGCUGCACUGUGGCAAGGCUUUUGCCUCCAAGUACAAGCUGUAUAGGCACAUGGCCACCCACUCAGCCCAGAAACCCCACCAGUGUAUGUACUGUGAUAAGAUGUUUCACCGCAAGGACCAUCUGCGGAACCACCUGCAGACCCAUGACCCCAACAAAGAGGCCCUUCACUGUUCUGAGUGCGGUAAGAAUUACAAUACGAAGCUAGGCUACCGGCGCCACCUGGCUAUGCAUGCCGCCAGCAGCGGUGACCUCAGCUGCAAGGUGUGCCUGCAGACCUUUGAGAGUACCCAGGCCCUGCUAGAGCACCUGAAGGCCCACUCACGCCGAGUAGCAGGUGGUGCCAAGGAGAAGAAGCACCCCUGUGACCACUGUGACCGGCGGUUCUAUACUCGUAAGGAUGUGCGGCGGCACCUGGUGGUGCACACAGGCCGGAAGGAUUUCCUGUGCCAGUACUGUGCCCAGCGGUUUGGCCGCAAGGACCACCUGACACGUCAUGUCAAGAAGAGCCACUCGCAGGAGUUGCUCAAAAUCAAGACAGAGCCAGUGGACAUGUUAGGCCUCCUCAGCUGCAGCUCCACAGUCAGUGUGAAGGAAGAGCUGAGCCCUGUGCUAUGCAUGGCCUCUCGGGACGUGAUGGGGGCCAAGGCCUUCCCUGGCAUGUUGCCCAUGGGCAUGUAUGGCGCCCACAUCCCUACCAUGCCCAGCACGGGCAUGCCACACUCUCUGGUGCACAACACGCUGCCCAUGGGUAUGAGCUACCCCCUGGAAUCCUCACCUAUCUCUUCCCCAGCUCAGCUUCCUCCAAAAUACCAGCUUGGAUCUACCUCAUACUUGCCCGACAAAUUGCCCAAAGUGGAGGUGGAUAGUUUUCUGGCGGAGCUUCCUGGAAGCCUGUCUCUCUCGUCCGCUGAACCCCAGCCCGCCUCACCUCAGCCGGCGGCAGCUGCGGCCCUCCUAGAUGAAGCACUGCUCACCAAGAGCCCCGCCAACCUCUCUGAGGCCCUCUGCGCUGCUAAUGUGGACUUCUCCCACUUACUGGGCUUUCUUCCACUCAACCUACCCCCGUGUAACCCACCCGGGGCCACCGGAGGCCUGGUCAUGGGCUACUCCCAGGCCGAGGCACAGCCCUUACUCACCACUUUGCAAGCUCAGCCUCAAGAUUCCCCGGGAGCUGGCGGACCACUGAACUUUGGACCUCUGCACUCCUUGCCUCCUGUCUUCACCUCUGGCCUGAGCACCACCACCCUGCCUCGUUUCCACCAGGCAUUCCAGUAGCCCCCAAGGAGGCCCUCAGCCCAGUCUUAGGCUCUGUCAGGGAGCCUCUGUACCCACCCCAUCUGCAUCUCCCAUGAAGGCAGCUGAGCUUUCAGAGCUGGGUUCAAAAAGAAAAAAAUUCCAGUAUCUGUAUGGAGCACUUGGUUUGGGGGCUCAAGCUCCAGGAUCAGUUCUAGGAGGAGCCUUGAGCCCCAACCCCAUGAAAAGAUCUCAUACCAUAGAACUUCAGGUAUUUUUACUUUUACUUUUUUUGAUCUGAAUCGGGAGCCACACUUCGCCCUCUCCCUCUCCAAAGUGUCAGACCUCCUCCUCUUUGGAGAAGGGGGAGGCCUCUUGGAGACACAAAGCGUUUCACUUUGGAUGACCUCGAGAGAAAUAGCCCAAGAAGCCCGCCUUCUGGUCCCAACCUGCAGACCCUACGGCAGUUGGUCAGGCCCUGCUGCAAAGGGUCACUUGGCUCCGUCGCCUGCUUCCCACCAAUAGGCAGGAGAGAGGGCCUCUGUCCUGCCCACCAGCCCCGUCCCUCCUGUAGCAGCACCUCCAUUUCCAGUCAGUGUUGUCCAGCAACGGUACCGUUUACACAGUCGCCUCAGACACACCAUUUCACCUCCCUUGCCAAGCUGUUAGCCUUAGAAUGAUUGCAGUGAACAUUGUUUACACGCCGUGAAUUCAUUCCCACCAGUCCAGUCCAGUUGGCACCAGCCGGAACCAUUUGGUACCCGGUGUUAACUGGAGCCCUGUUUACAAGGCGGAGUCGGGUCUCACUGACUUCUCUUCACUUGAGGUCACAUUUUUCCCCUGUGGGGAAAUAAACUGACUUUGGACUGCUUCAGUCUCUGCCAUCUUCCAUGACUGUCUGUUCCUGCCUUCCUCGGCAGUGUCUGCGAGACAGGCAAGAAGAUUGGAGCAGGUUUCUCACAGGUCUGCAAUUCUGUUUUUCUCCAAGUACAUCAUGAGCCCUCCUCCUCCUCUUGAACAGGAGAGGGCAAGAAAUGAAAGGCAUGCCCGCUUCUAUCGCCCCCAUUCCCCAGCCCCCACCCCAAACAUCAUGAGCUGUUAUCCUUAGUCUUGGAAGGAGGGACUCGGGUUCUAAGCUGGUUGGCUAGCAAAGGAGAGGGUAUGAACCCCUGAUGUGUCUCUCCUGCUUGUCCCUUUUCCAGGAAGUUGUGGAAUUGUUGCAAGAACAGUCUUCAGGAAGUUAGGGCUGGGCAGAUAGUUGAGUCCUAACCUGUGGGUACGUCAUUGGCUCCCAUACCAACCUUUGUUCUUAUCCACAGUCUCCCCACUCCUCUACUUUGCAGUUACAGUGGACUCAGGGCCACUGUGCAUAGGCCUCUCUGCUCCCCAUCAAAGUAAUCCCACCUUCCUUUUGUGGCCCCCCCUCAAUUUGCCCCCAAUACUUAGCAGGGUUUCUCGCAACAGAUGACUCACUCUUCUGGCUUGUGGGGCUCCCUGCCACAGAAAGCACAGCCCUUGCCCAGCCGAACCCCAUCCCUGCUUCAUUUCUCAGUUCCGCACGGGCUUUACUCUCACCACUCACAGAAGGGAGGCAGCUCAGGGACCACCAAUGUGGGACCCUCAUGAGACACCUCCAGUCUGAUUCAGAAACACACUUCUACCUCUUUACUGUUAACUUCUACACAUGCAGCCAGUAGUUUCUGGGCACUUUUCUCAGCGGUGCCUCAUGCUGGCUUUUCCACUAGGGUUUCAGGACAAACUACCAAGGAACUGCCUCGGCCUCCGCUCAGUCCUCACACCCCCUCUUUCCUUCUAGACAUCACUUUGCUUUAUCAUCAGGAACUGAGCAGGUCCAAGACCCAGGCUUUUGCUUCAGCCCAGGCCAGUACUCUUUGAGGUGCAAGCCUUAAAAUGUAGCUCCCUGGCCCUCGAUUGGAAGCAAUGUGGAGUGAAUAAGCAUGUUUUGAUUUAGGCAGGGUAGCUUGGCAUACUUUUGAAAAAACAAACCAGAUAUAAAAAUGUCUGGCAAGGUUAGGAUCAGACUAGGUGAUUUGCUUCUAAAAAUUCGUUUCAGUGAGUCCCAGGGACUAAUUAAGGUUUAUUUUUAAAAGCGUCCACCUUGGUACGCAGCCACCUCCUGCAUGCUGUGCAUGUUAUUGGGACUCGUAUUAUAGGAAAUGGUACGUGAGGAUCCAAGCAGGACUCAGUGCUGCCAUUCUCCUUAUUGUCUCUGGUCUUCAUCACUAGACCCAGCAACCCUUCAUCCGCUCCCUGCCACCUUCCGUGCACACCUCAUUUAUAGAGGCAAGUGGGCCUCUGGCCAUGGAGUAUAAAAUCUCAGGCUUAAAGAGUCCACUCUUCCUGCCUGUCCUUUCCUGUCCCUUCCUUGAAUUCUCUCCCCCAUUAGUGAUGCUGGGAAACUCCUAGAACAGGCAGAGCAACUAUUUAAAGCCUUGUAAGUGGGGCCUUGUCCCUUCUCCCCUCUCCUUCCAUCCUGUUUCUCCUUUACUCUUCCGUCAGUGCUCUCACCCCACACAAGGAAUUUCCCUAUCACUGUGAACUUUGCUGGUACAGAGGAACAUCUGCCUUCACCUUUUUUUGGACCAUAGCCACCCAGCUGUUUCUUAAACUUCCCUUCCCAAAGUUAAAAAAAAAAGAAAAAAAAAAAAAAAAAGCCUUAUUGGCCUGGUUGUUCAAAGGAUAAGAAUAGCUUUAUCCUACGUUCAGUACCAAACCCACUUCAGUACCUUUACUGAGGCCAUGAGAGCCUGAGGGGUGUCUGCCCACAACAGGAGCCAUGGCAUGUGGCAGAGACCAAACAGGGACCAGGAAAAAGGGGUAAUGACCCCUUUCCCCACCACCUCCAACCUCUGUCAGCGAUGAGUUGCCUUGAACAGGGGGCAGGCACCUCGCAUCCUGCACACAGCUGGUGAAGGUUGAGUGCAGUCCUGGGGGCCAGGGGAUGACCUACCCAGCUGUGUCAGCUCAGGAUCUGUGCACAUCUUUUAAAGAGGGAAGAGGUGGGAAAAGGAGCACCAAUGAGUUUCCCCCCAACCUUAUACAAAUGGCAUUUAAUGGAAAUCCGGGAAGCAGGUGUGAUUACUUUUUUGCUCGUAGAUAUUGUCCUAAGUUGAAAUUUUUCCACUGCCCUAAACUUCUCCUAGUAGUCUGAAUCCUUGCCCACCCCCCUUUCUUUUUGGUAGCUGUUUUCCCCAUUCCCUCUACCUUCCCUCUUAUCUAGGAGCUGUCUUUAAGCACGAUUUUUUUUAACAGUUUAUAUUGUACAGGAUCAAUAUUUUGCUUUUUAACAAGGAUAUUUAUGUAAUAAGAAACUUUGCCUUAGGCAGGUGUUGGCCAGAAAAGUCCAGAUUCCUCUGGGACCUCACCCUGGCCUCUCCUGGAGCUCUGAACCUGCUGUGGAAGGAAUUGGCUAUGACCUUCACCACUGGAGAGGAGGGUCUGUGGCAAGGGAAGGGGUGUCCCGGUUCUAACAGGAGAAGGAUUCACCGUGAUAAUUUAGUGCUUCUGUGGAGGGGUCUGGAAGAAGUAUCCCAGCCCGGUUUCUUCAGAUGCAAGCUCACUUCCAUAGCUGCCCCUCUCCACCUCUAAAUAUUUGGCACUAGAACUCCUGAGACACCACUUCUCAUUUGCCUCCCUCCCUCCUGGUGAUCAAGGCUUUGGGGCCACUCUUUCGUAAUGCCAGAUUAUUUAAAGAGAGAAAAAUACAAGACAAAAACCUUCUAGCACUUUGUAAACACAGUGAAUAACCUCUUGGAGUAUUUUUGGCUUUAUAUAAAACAAGGUUUUUAAUUGUAAAAUAUAAGUGCCAUUAGAAAAUGCACAGGGCGUAUCUUUGUUAAAGUAGAUUUUUCAAUGUUUUACAGAAUUACAUUUUCAAAAAAAGUUUUUAUAAUGAAGUUGUUUAUUAAAAACUUCUGAAUGAUG